AUGACUAGCACCCGUGGGAGAGCAGGAGAUACCGGUCCUCAACCGGGUGGAGGCGGCAGGCCAGGCGAGGCAGCCUUCGUGGAGAAGAAAGGAGGCGGGUCAUAUGGAGGUAUGGAGAAAUAUUUUGGAAAAAGAAUAAGAAUUUUGGAUUCUUGUCCAGAACUAGAAGCACAGAAUGCUGAAGAAAAUUUGAUGGAGAAUGAUGAUAUAAAUGAAAGUGAAAUCAAGGCUGAUCUUGGUUUGCGAAAACCAAUUGCAGAAUAUGGUGUGAAUAUCCGGGAUCGUAUUCGUAGAGAAUAUGUAGCAAAAGGCCCUUGUCAACCAAAGGGUUUGCCUUUUAGGGGACAUGACGAGUCAUCUACGUCUUUGAACAAAGGUAAUUUUCUUGAGUUAUUAGAAUGGUAUGGUUUGAGGAAUGAUGAAGUUGGUAAAUCCAAAAAAGAUAUGGCUAAUGCUUGUGCGGUGGAAACCACACUUGAUAUAUUGGGAGAACUUGGAGACAGACACUUCUCAAUCCUAGUUGAUGAGUCACAUGAUUGCUCAACAAAGGAGCAAAUGACAAUUGUCAUAAGAUUUGUGAACAAGGAUGGGCAGAUAAUUGAAAGGUUUUUAGCUUUGGUUCAUGUCAAAAAAACUACAUCAGUUUGUUUGAAAGAGGCAAUUGACUCCGUAUUUGCUAAGUUUAAGUUAUCUUUGUCAAGAUUGAGAGGCCAAGGAUACGAUGGAGCAUCAAACAUGCGAGGUGAAUGCAAUGGACUGAAAGCACUAAUUUUAAAGGAAAAUCCAUCAGCUUGUUAUCUUAUCUCAAUUGUCACAACAUGUGGUUCUUCUUGCAAAAAGGCUGAUAUGAUUCGACAAAUUGAGCACGAUAGACUAGUUGAAAUGAUAGAGAAUGGGGAAAUCGGUACUGGUAGAGGCCAAAAUCAAGAAACUUCUUUGAAGAGACCAGGUGAUACUCAAUGGGGAUCUCAUUAUGUCACCGUGAUUCGUCUUGCAAAUAUGUGGCAGUCAGUAACCGAAGUACUUGAAAACGUACUUGUUGAUGGAGAAGAAUAUGAAACAAGGGGCAAAGCUGUAGGUCUCGUACAGAAAAUGGAGACUUUUGAAUUUGUAUUCAUCCUUAUGUUGAUGAAACAUUUGUUGGGGGUUAUUCAACCAUUGUCUUGUUCCUUGCAACAAAGAGAUCAAGAUAUUUUAAAUGCGAUUUUCUUGAUAGAGAAUGUGAAAGAAAGCUUGAGAUCAUUUCGAGAAUUUGGAUGGGAUACUUUCUUGCAAGAAGUGAAUGAUUUUUGUGGGGCAAAUGACAUUUCAAUAACAAACAUGGAUGAUGAUGCUCCAAAGCGGAUUAGUAAGAGAAAUGGUUCAAACAUCAAGAACUACCAUCAUUAUCGCGUUGAAAUAUUUUGUCAGGUCGUCGACUUACUUACACAAAAGAUGGAAAAUCGUUUCUCUGAGGCAUCCACAGACUUGCUAAGUUGUAUGGCAUGCCUCGAUCCAAAAAAUGAUUUCGCUGCUUUUAAUGUUCAUAAGCUUGUUCAUCUUGCUACUCUUUACCCAAAGGACUUCACAUCGACUCAACAUACUGAAUUGUUUAAACAACUUGAAACUUUUGUUGAUGUCGUGAGAAGAGAUGCACGAUUGAAUGGUAUUGAAGAUUUGGCUAGCCUAUCUCAGAAGAUUGUUGAAACCAAGAAAGAUAAAGUUGAAAGAGUAUUUUCAGCAAUGAAAUUUAUCAAGACUGACUUGCGGAUAGGAUGGGAGAUGAGUGGUUGA